GCCCACUUACUGUUUUAGCUAGCAGGCAGCGCGUCAGUCAGAAACCGAAAUCAAAGUGUUUGCCUCCCGUCCUUUGGUCAGCGAUGGCGGCAGUGGGAGCCCCACCACCCAGAGUCACAGACUGUGUGACCAAGGUUGCAUUGAGCAUCUCAUGUGACAAUCUGAUGGACAUGGACAUGUUCUCGAAGUCUGACCCUCUGUGUGUUCUUUGGAUGAACACCUCUGGUCCUCCUCACUGGACUGAGAUUGGACGAACAGAGAAGAUCCAGAACUGUCUUAAUCCCAGGUUUUCCAAGAGUCUGGUACUCGACUAUUACUUUGAGAUGGUGCAGAAACUCAGGUUUGAAGUGUACGACAUCGACAGUGCAAACUGUAGUCUGGGGGAGGCUGACUUCCUGGGACAAACGGAGUGUACCCUUGGACAGAUUGUGUCCUCGAGGAAGCUAACCAGACCACUUGUUCGGAGAGAUAAUACACCUGCAGGGAAAGGAUCCAUUACUAUUUGUGCAGAAGAGCAAACAGACAACAGGAUGGUGACGUUUGAAUCUUCAGCCAGAAAACUGGACAGAAAGGACUUCUUCGGUAAGUCUGACCCUUUCCUUGAAAUCUACAAGCAGACAGGAAGUGGAUGGCAGCUGGCUCACAGGACAGAGGUGGUGAAAAACAACCUCAACCCAGUCUGGAAACCAUUCAGAAUCCCGAUCCAGUCACUCUGUGGGGAUGACGUGGAAAACCCAAUAAAGGUAGAGUGUUAUGAUCACAACAACAGUGGCUCUCAUGAAAUUAUUGGGUCAUUUCAGACCUCGCUCAGCCAAAUUCAACAGGCAACACAAUCAUAUGCGGCUGAGUUUGAAUGCAUCAACAGCAAGAAGAAGGAGAAGAAGAAAGGAUACAAAAACUCUGGUGUCGUCAUCAUAAAACAGUGCAAGAUUGUGAAGGAGUACACUUUCCUGGAUUACAUAAUGGGUGGCUGUCAGAUCAACUUUACAAUUGCUAUAGAUUUCACAGGCUCUAAUGGGAACCCCACAUCACCCAGUUCCCUCCACUACAUCAACCCUCAAGGCUACAACGAGUAUCUGGCAGCCAUCUGGGCAGUCGGUAACGUUAUCCAGGACUACGACAGUGACAAGAUGUUCCCUGCCUUUGGUUUCGGUGCUCAGAUCCCUCCGACGUGGCAGGUCAGCCACGAGUUUCCCAUCAACUUCAACACAUCAAAUCCAUUUUGUCAAGGUAUAGAAGGCGUGGCCCUCGCCUACCAGCAGUGCCUGGCACAGGUGAAGCUCUACGGCCCCACAAACUUCUCCCCGAUCAUCAACCAUGUGUCCCAUUUUGGCAGACAGGCCUUACAGCAACAGACGGCCUCUCAAUACUUUGUCCUGCUCAUCAUCACUGACGGAGUGAUCACAGACAUGGAUCAGACGCGCAGCGCCAUCGUUAAUGCCUCCCGGCUGCCCAUGUCCAUCAUCAUCGUCGGGGUGGGAGGGGCAGACUUCAGCGCCAUGGAGUUCCUGGAUGGAGACAAUGGGAUCCUGCGCUCCGCUACAGGCGAGGCCGCCAUGAGGGACAUCGUCCAGUUUGUGCCAUUCAGGCAGUUUCAAAAUUGUCCUCAGGAGACUCUGGCUCAGAGCGUCCUAGCUGAAGUCCCAGGUCAGGUGGCAGGUUUCUUCAACAUGACGAGUCUGAAGCCACCUCACAGUCCCGUCUGACCUGCCUCCUUCAGGUGAUGUUUUCUGAAAAACAACCUUCCUCCGUCAGACAUCAACCUGCUU